AAUCAUUCAAUUUUUUAUAAAUGAAACUUUUAAAAAAAGAAAACAAUAACUCGAAGAAAUUAAGAAAUCAACCUUCCUUCUGGACCGAAUUCAUCUCCUAACCCUAACCCUAACCCUAACCCUAACCCUAAAAUCCUACUACUUCUACUCCGAUUUCCUGAAAUUUCCAACAUCUCCGAUCAAAUAGAAGAGUGAGCUAAAGAGUGUAUAAUUUAUAGCUAGCGCUGUUUGCUGAAGAGUGAGCAAAGCAACAGGGACGACCUCAGAGUUGAUAAACAGGUCAAUAAUAUUUGGUCGUGAUUCUUCCUCAUCGGUGCCGGUCGAUAGAUCCGUUCAACUGGAUUUGUAUUUGCAAUUGCAGUAACUUGCUUAAAAUUCAUCCGGUGAAGUCUACUGAUCAUAUAAGACAAGGAGGAGAUCUGAGGGAAAGGGUGGUUUGAUUUUAUCAUGAGAUGGAACAUAGUCUUUUGUUAAAAAAUUGUGCAGAUGAUUGUCUUAUUGUAAAGCACAGCUGCUUCGAGUGAUUCCAUUAAGGAUUUGGAGGUGUAUCAUCCUUUAUUGUCGUUUGAACUCCAAUUUGCCUCUAUGUGCUACAAUACUACUACUUUUUCAUGCAUUAUUGUAUCUAUUGGGUUUAUAACACAGAGUUUGCUAGGAAUCUGAUGCAAUGGCAACAUCUAGUAAGUUCGAUAUGUCUUCUGAUAGCCCGGAUAGGCCGAUAUACUCUAGUGGCCAUCGUGGAUCCCACUUAGCUGCUCAGAUGGACAGAUCGAGUAGCUUUCGUGAGAGUAUGGAGAAUCCAAUCCUAUCUUCUGUCCCGAACAUGGCUCGAAGUAGUGCUGUGGUAGCGCAGGGAGACGUGGUGAACUUCUUCCAAUGCAUGCGUUUUGAUCCAAAGGUGGUGGCUGCAGACCAUAAAUCUAGUCGUCAAGGGGACUUUAAGCGACACAUGAAUGCUGCUCUUGGAAUUUCAGCAGAUGACUCUUCUGGUUCUUUGAAAGGCAAGGUGGUAUUGUCUCCCUCACCUGAAGAAAUCAAGCGAGUAAGAGAUGGUCUGCGUGGAAGCUCUGCCAAGGGCAGGGAACGUGUGAAGAUUUUCACUGAAGCCUUGUCUGCAUUCAACAAGCUCUUCCCAACCAUACCGUCAAGGAAGAGGUCUAGAUUAGAAGGUUAUUCUAAUGAUAGGCCUAAUGCUUCAGUAUCAAGCGAUCGGUCGGUCCUUGUUCCAAGCCUGGGUAAAAUGGGAAUUCAAAAUCAUUCUGCCACCAGUGGUUUUGAACUUGAACAGCAAAAGUCAGAAGAACGGACCAAAAAUAUUGUUCCAAACAAGCGCACACGAACUUCUUUGGUGGAUGUGCGGGGUAAUGCUCUGGUCAGGCCAUCUGGUACUGUUGACAGAGACAGGGAAAUGCUAAGGCUUGCAAAUAGUGGUGCUGUUCAAGGUGAGGAUCGAAGUUUAUCAAUUGGUGUUGAUGGUUGGGAAAAGACAAAAAUGAAGAAGAAGCGUUCUGGGAUAAAGCCAGAUGUUGCUUCAAACAUGGUGUCAACUAAACCCUCAGAUGGCUAUCGGGAAUCAAAACAGGGAGCGCUGCAAAGACCUGGUACUGAUGCUCGUUCAAGAUUGAAUAUUGAUUCCCAUGGGUUCAGGCCUGGAGUUUCUAAUGGUGCUGUUGGAGUUGGAAAAAUAGAUGGUAUCUCACAACCAACAGGCUUGAGCGUGCGAUCGAUGACCCCUAGGACUGACCUGGAGAACAGUUCUCUUCUAAAUGAUAGGAGAGAACGCCCUCUUGGUUCAGAUAAGGAAAGGGUGAAUAUCAGAGCUGUUACCAAGGCUGUUCGGGAUGAUUUUAAUUCUGCUAGUCCCACUUCCAGUGCAAAAAUGAAUCCGUCCAUUCGGGCUCCCCGAUCAGGUUCAGGCAUUAUGCCCAAGUUGUCCCCAGUUGUCCAUAGAGCAACUGCUCCCAAUGAUUGGGAGCUCUCUCAUUGUACGAACAAGCCGCCUGCUGUUGGAGCUAACAACCGCAAACGCACAGCAUCUGCUCGGUCUUCGUCUCCACCUGUUGCUCACUGGGCUGGUCAGAGGCCACAGAAGAUCUAUCGAACAGCUAGAAGAACAAAUUUGGUUCCCAUUGUUAACAAUGAUGAAAGUCCCACUUUGGAUAGUGUAUCUGAUGUUUCAGGUAAUGAAAUUGGGGUGGGAUUUGCCAGGCGCUUGAGCGGCAAUUCUCCUCAGCAAGUUAAAUUAAAAGGUGACACUUUAUCGUCAGCUGUUUUAUCAGAAAGUGAAGAAUCAGGGGCUACAGAGGUUAAAUCUAAAGAUAAGAGCAGAAAGUCUGAUGAGAUAGAUGAGAAAGCUGGGCAGAAUGUUCAAAAGAUAUCACCUUUGGGCCUUCCAUCAAGAAAGAACAAGCUGGUUUCAGGUGAAGAUAUUGGAGAUGGUGUUCGCAGGCAAGGGAGGACUGGGAGGGGUUUUACUUCAACAAGGUCUCUUGUGCCAACAGCAGUUGAGAAACUGGGCAAUGUUGGAACAGCAAAACAGCUUAGAAGUGCCAGACUUGGUUUUGAUAAAAAUGAAAGCAAGACAGGCCGUCCUCCAACCAGAAAACUCUCUGAUCGUAAGGCUUAUACACGCCAAAAGAAUACAACAGUCAAUGCAACAGCAGAUUUUCUUGUUGGUUCAGAAGAUGGGCAUGAAGAGCUAUUGGCUGCUGCAAGUGCUGUUAUUAAUCCUGGCCUAGCCCUUUUGAGCUCAUUUUGGAGGCAAAUGGAGACAUUCUUUGGUUUUAUAUCUGAUGUAGACAUUGCUCACUUGAAACAACAGGGAAGUAUUGUGUUUACUGCACCGUCAGCAACACCAGUCCAUUCUGAUGCAAACAACUACAGUACUGUCCCUAAUGGGUAUGGGUUAUUUGAACAUGAUAGGGAGGUUGAGCUUGAGCUUGCUGCUGAAACUAGGACUUCAGAACUUCUUCCAGAUCAGUUAAUGCCUGUAGAUAGAGAAAUUCCCCUUUCUCAGUUACUCUUGGCAGCCCUGACCUCAGAGGAAGAUUGUACCCUUGGAAAUGCAGACCUGGAAUUUGAUGCAUAUGGAACUGAUUUCGAGCUACAUGAGGAGUUGGAAUCAAAUUGUGUGAAUCACCUAGAUAAUUUUCAGUUUUCUGGACAUGUUGCAUUUAGUGGUUGCAAGGUGAGUGGGAAGCCAGACCACGACGAGACAGAUAAUGAUAUUUCAGGCAUCCCAAACAUGGGUAUUGACUCAAGCUUCAGAAAUACCAUAAAUGGUGUCCUUUCAGACCAUGCAUUGGUACCAGGGAUGGCCUGUUCCAAAUUUCAAUAUGAUAAUAUGAAAAUAGAAGAAAAACUUCGUUUGGAGGUUCUUAGUCUGGGAAUUUUUCCUGAAUCAAUGCCUGACAUGCCGAUGGAUGAUGAAGGAAUCUGUGGGCACAUCAGCAAAUUAGAGGAGAAUCAACAUGGGCAGGUUUCAAGGAAGAAAGGUUUAUUAGACAAGCUGUUGAAACAUGCCUCAGAAAUGAAAGAACUCCAAGAAAAGGAAUUUGAACAACGUGCUCAUGACAAACUCGUCACAAUGGCUUAUGAAAAGUACAUGACUUGUUGGGGUCCUAAUGCCACUGGUGGGAAGAGUUCCAGUAGCAAAAUGGCCAAGCAAGCUGCCUUAGCAUUUGUUAAACAAACUUUAGAGCGAUGUCAUAAAUUUGAAGUUACAGGAAACAGCUGCUUCAGUGAGCCCUCCUUUAGGGAUAUGUUCCUUUCUGGGACUGCCCGCCUAAAUGGUGCACAAUCAGUGGAUACUCCUACUGAUGGUGAAUCUGCAAAGUUGUAUGGCAAUACCUCAACCCGCUCUUUGGAAGCCAGAGUUUCAGCUUCCAUGGGUUCACAGCCAAGUCCUCGAACUUUACAUGUGGGUCAGAAUGGGGAUAGCCACAUCUCAAAUCCUUCUGAUCUACUUCCACCUGUUAAUCGCUUAUCGGAACAAAUUACUGGUAAGGAAGAUACGUGGUCAAACAGGAUGAAGAAGAGGGAGUUGUUGCUUGAUGAUGUUGUUGGUAGCCCAUCAAGUGCUCCAUCAGGAAUAGGAGGUUCGCUAUCGAGCAGUACAAAAGGAAAGAGGAGUGAGAGAGACAGGGAAGGAAAGGGGCACAACAGAGAGGUUUUAUCUAGAAACGGAUCUAAUAAAAUUGGUCGACCAACAUUAUCUAAUCAAAAGGGGGAGCGGAAAACUAAAACGAAGCCCAAGCAAAAAACAACUCAACUGUCUGUUUCUGUGAAUGGCCUUGUUGGCAAGAUAUCGGAGCAACCUAAAACAACUUUGCCUUCCAAGGCAAAGUCAAGUGAAAACAACAGUAAUAGCAAAGCAAAGGAAAAGGAUAGGUUUGGCUUGGAUGUGUUGGAUGAUGCUAUUGAUUUGUCCAACCUGCAGCUGCCAGGAAUAGAUGUAUUAGAUGACAGCCAAGGGCAGGAUCUGGGUUCUUGGCUGAACAUUGAUGAUGAUGGAUUACAAGAGCAUGGUGACAUUGAUUUCAUGGGCCUUGAAAUUCCAAUGGAUGACCUUUCAGAUCUAAAUAUGAUGGUUUGAAGUCUUUCUCUGUAUAGUCUUGUUCAUUAUACUAUUGACAAACAACACAUAAUCACUGUUGUCAAAAAAUGACCAGUUAUAUGGAUGGUCAUUCGGCCACCGGUCCACAAUUAGGUUAUAUAGAUUCUUUUGUAGACUUCACAAGAUUUUCAAGUGAACCUUUUGGAUGCUUUGGAUUUUGUUCCUGUAUUAAGUUGGUACCUUCGCCAUAAAGAUCUUUUGUUCAAGGUACAAGCUAGUUUGUCCUAUAAUUUACAUGUUAGCAAACACUGUAUCCUGGCUGUAGCUUUUACAAAUCAGAGAACAAUGCCUCCUGUACAUACAUUUUAUAUUUCUAAUAAAAUCAGCUUUUUGCUCA